UCAAUUAAAAAAGUAUUAGUAAAGUAUUUAUCUCGGUUUAAAAAUUAAUUACAAAUUAAUGUAAAGUCUUGAUAUAAAAAUUAUAAAAAGUUAAUAAUGAUAGUUGUAAAACAAUUAAGUCUAUUGAUAUUCAUAGUGUGUUUAAUAGUGUGUUGUGUUUGCGAUGGAAAUAGUAUUGAUGUGAACAUGAGUUCGGGUUCAGUGAGGGGUCAGACACUCCAUGUCUUGAAUCGUAAAAUACAUCAAUUCUUGAAUAUACCCUACGCUGAGCCCCCUUUAGGCCCACUCAGGUUCGCCCCUCCCUUACCACUGAAGGAGCCCAAACAGGGCAUUAUUGAUGGCACACAACCGGGAAAUUAUUGUAUUCAAAACACAAGAGUAUUUGAAAAUGAGAAAAAUAAACCGACGUAUAGUGAAGACUGUUUGGUAUUGAAUAUAUGGACACCAAAUGUGGACAAUAGUAAUGAUAAUCACCAGAAUAUGGUUCUCAAACCAGUCAUGUUCUCCAUAUAUGGCGGAGCACUGAGUUUGGGAUCAAUAUUUCAAGAUUUAUUGAACGGCAGUGUUAUUGCGGCCAAUGAUGUGGUUGUCGUUGCGGUUAACUAUAGGGUCGGGCCGUUGGGGUUUCUAUACGGCGGCGAUCAGACAGCGCCCGGAAAUGCGGGCUUUUAUGACCAGUUAUUAGGACUUAAAUGGGUUGGAGAAAACAUACACAAGUUUGGCGGAGAUAUGGAUCAGAUUACUAUAUUUGGUGUGAGUGCCGGCAGUUGGUCCGUAUCGGCACACAUAUUGUCUCCCCUAUCGAAAGGUCUGUUUAAGAGGGCUAUUAUGCAGAGCGGGUCCGUUAUGUAUAACAAAGAUCGUCCGGCGCUCAGCACUGUUGAGGGCCUUCAAAGGGCCAAACAAUUGGCCCGACGUUUGAAUUGCNUGUUUAAGAGGGCUAUUAUGCAGAGCGGGUCCGUUAUGUAUAACAAAGAUCGUCCGGCGCUCAGCACUGUUGAGGGCCUUCAAAGGGCCAAACAAUUGGCCCGACGUUUGAAUUGCGAUGAAUUUGACUACAAAUGGUUGGACUGUUUGCGUGCAAUAGACGACCCGAACCUGUUUAUUGAAAAACCGGAUUAUGGGUUCCUUGUUAUGACACACGCCGUGUUUGGCACAGAGUUUUUACCAGUGUUGCCACAAAAAGCAUUUUCAACAGGGUUAUAUAAUACUGAUGUGGAAUUAAUGGCCGGUGCGGUUAAAGACGAGGGUCUGGUAAUGACCCAAUUUUUAUACCCAGAAAUGCAAACCGAAAUGACUGAACACCAGUUGCGAGAAAUUGUGGUCAAAUUGAGUGAUGAAUACCAGAACAUAGAUGUGGACAAAGUGUGCGAUCAUUACUUCAAAGGCGUUGACAGAACCAAUUCAUCGCAACUGAAGGCAGCGUUGAGUGCAUUAUAUGGCGAUUUGAUAUCCGACACUUUAUAG